ACAUAUCUUUGUAUCUCCAUCUGUAAUCUUUAAAAUGUCCAGACAUAGGCUUGUACGAAAUAUGAACAUCCAUGAUGAAUUGGAUGAUGCUGCAUUGUCCGACGGAGGAGACGAGCUCACUCCCGAGCAGCAUGCUCAAAUGACGUUCUGUCUUGAACAAAUCAGAGAGCUCAUUGGAGAUGAAGCAGUCUCAGGCCUCGACGAUGACUUCAUCAAGGAAACCCUAUGGGACCAGUACUUUAAUGUAGAGAGCAGUUUAUCGUAUUUGUAUGAUGAGCAAGACCGGAGAGCGUCAGCUAAAACUCGCAAAGUUGUUACCCCCCGUUUUGGAUCCCGUUUAUGGAACCGGCUACGCCGUAGACGAGACGAGGAACAGGAAGUGCGACCUGACAGUAUUGAUAUACUACCAUCGGAAGGCGAGGAGGUCCAUGAUGAACCACAAUACGUGGCUGGACCGACAGGCUACGAAUAUUACGAUGGCGACUUGGACCGACCUCGAGUUCCCCUCAUAGUAUUAGCACAGCAAGGUCAACAUGAGGUCUACUAUCCCGAGGAAUUUCCAGAAGAGGUCGACUCGGAUGAUAUACCAUUGGGCGUCUUGUCACGCGGCUCGAGGCUCAGCACCAUUACGGAGAUUACCGAAAGGACUGAACCCUCUCGCCACUGGCCUUCAAAACAGCAGCUCGUAGCUUUGAAUAAUCCACGUGCAUCAAUGAUCACUGAUACCACAACAUCGUACGGAGAAGUUAUUGAUACUCGCCAACGCAGUACCGUGGCGCUAGAAUAUCCUGAGACCGCGAUGGACCCAAACUUCAUCCCUCCAUCACCAUCGCCCUCCGCAGUACAACGUCUUUCGAGCUACGAAGCCGCUCCAUCGCUUGCUACAUCAGUAUCACAAUCUGAUAUACGCACAGAGCCACUUCCGCUUCCAACAGAGCGCGCAACAUCGCGUGCAAAAUCAUCAGUUGUUCCUGUACCACCUCUGGAUACUCUUCCCGAGAUUUCUGAUUUCCAGUCGAAAGCGAGCGGAAAACCGCUCCCUCCGAAGCCUCCAACCAGCAGUAAACCCUCUAAAUUAUCCAUGCUUGCGAGUUCUCGUGCAAGUACGAGGAGUUCUCGUUCAUCGGAUUUGGAGACGACUUCAAUACUUACUUACCCCGCCUUACGACCUACCGCUGAAAGUCGAUUAUCAUUUGCAACCACUAUAAAACCCCCACCUGCAGAGAAGAUACUUCCUUCUAUAAAGGCUCCGUCUACCACCCCUUCUUCUAUGUCUGGGCAUGUCAAACAGGCUAUCCAGACAGCUUUGGAGUUAGAAGCUCACGAUCGCGAAAGAAUUGCGAGACCUUCUCCAAAGAGCGAGUCGAGCACGGCGUCUAAGGCAUCGUCAGUUGCUACUGUCAAGCCAACGAUGCCACAUUCGCCACCUCGAGCUGACGCCACCCCAAACUUGCCCAUCAUGCGCCAAGAGGUUGAAGCGAAGGCCCGCCCUCAGUCCAAGCUCGCAGCGCUUGCCCAGGCGAAAGCCAGUGCCAAUACUAGUCUCAUGCCGAAGCUUCCGAAGUCCCCGCCCAGUUCGCCUCCAAAGGAGCUUCCUAAACCUCACACACAAUUUUUCACGCCCAUCGCAAAUGGAGCCACAGCUACUACUGCUAUAACCACAUCCUAUCAGUCACUCCAAAGUCUGUCUAGACCGCAGGCUCAAGAGCCUGCAUCGUUAGUUCAGAUGCCCGGUGCAGAGCCAAAGCAAUCUAAAUUGGCAAAGAGGAUCAAGAAAGCGAGUGAAAAACCACAGCCAACACCACCCGACGACGAUACCGAUUCCUGUGACAUCAUACAGUCUCCUUUAUUCAUACCAAAGCCAACUAACUCUCACAAGGCCACGCAUUCAGCUCACAAGUAUGGGAGGGAGGUGCCGAACCUUGUAAAGGUGUACGAAGCUUCCCAUUCGCAGAGCCACUCCAGCCUUGGUCUCUCACAGUCCCAACGACACAAGUCGUCUCGCCCUAGGGCUGCACUACCGGGGAUGAAGAUGAACUCGGGAUUUGCAUUUGACGUUCCAAGCCCUGACGAUAUCGUAUUCAACGCGCGUCGGGGAACUUCUUUUUCCCACAGACGGUGAACGAACCUUGGUUCCCUGCUCCAUCCGCCAUUCCUUUGUUGUAUUUCUCUACUCGCAUUUUUAUUUUAUUCAUUCAUUUUUCCGGAGGACUUGUUUUCUUGUUUGUUUGUUUCUUGUAGACCAGGUUGUGG